AUGGCGGCGCGGGCCGGGUUCCAGGCGGGGCCCGCGAGCGGCGGCGGCGGCGGCGCCGCUCCGGGGGCCGCGCUGGGCCCGGGCGCGCCGGGCGGGGCGGUUCGCAUGGGCCCGGCGCCGGGGCAGGGCCUGUACCGCUCGCCGCUGCCCGGAGCCGCCUACCCGCGCCCCGGGAUGUUACCGGGAGGCCGCCUGGCGCCGCAGGGCCCGGCCAUGGGCCCGCCCGGCUACGGCGGGAGCCCCGCGGUGCGGCCCGCGCUGGCGCAGGCCGGGCUGGACCAGGCCCGCAAGCGGCCGGCGCCGCAGCAGCUCCAGCAGGUGCAGCCGCAGGCGGUGCCCAACCGCAACCACAACGCCAAGAAGAAGAAGAUGGCAGACAAAAUCCUCCCUCAGCGGAUCCGGGAGCUGGUGCCCGAAUCCCAAGCCUACAUGGACCUGUUGGCCUUCGAGAGGAAGCUGGACCAGACCAUCAUGAGGAAGCGCUUGGAUAUCCAGGAGGCUCUGAAACGCCCCAUCAAGCAAAAGCGGAAGCUGCGGAUUUUCAUCUCCAACACCUUCAACCCGGCCAAGUCGGACGCGGAGGACGGCGAGGGCACCGUGGCCUCCUGGGAGCUGCGGGUGGAAGGGAGGCUGCUGGAGGACUCUGCUCUGUCCAAAUACGAUGCCACCAAGCAGAAAAGAAAGUUCUCGUCCUUCUUUAAAUCUCUGGUCAUUGAACUUGAUAAAGACCUGUAUGGCCCUGACAAUCACCUAGUAGAGUGGCACAGGACUGCCACAACUCAGGAGACAGACGGCUUCCAGGUGAAGAGGCCGGGGGACGUGAACGUGCGCUGCACUGUCCUGCUGAUGCUGGAUUACCAGCCCCCCCAGUUCAAGCUGGACCCCCGCCUGGCUCGGCUGCUGGGCAUCCACACGCAGACCCGGCCCGUCAUCAUCCAGGCCCUCUGGCAGUACAUCAAGACCCACAAGCUGCAGGACCCCCACGAGCGGGAGUUCGUCAUCUGUGACAAGUACCUGCAGCAGAUCUUCGAGUCCCAGCGCAUGAAGUUCUCCGAAAUCCCCCAGAGGCUCCACGCGCUGCUGAUGCCCCCCGAGCCCAUCAUCAUCAACCACGUGAUCAGUGUUGACCCAAAUGACCAGAAGAAAACAGCCUGCUAUGACAUUGAUGUGGAGGUGGAUGACACCUUGAAAACCCAGAUGAAUUCCUUUCUGCUCUCCACAGCCAGUCAGCAGGAAAUUGCUGCUCUGGAUAACAAGAUCCACGAAACCAUCGAGACCAUCAACCAGCUGAAGACUCAGCGCGAGUUCAUGCUGAGCUUCGCCCGGGACCCUCAGGGCUUCAUCAACGACUGGCUCCAGUCCCAGUGCCGGGACUUGAAGACAAUGACUGAUGUCGUGGGGAACCCCGAGGAGGAGCGGAGAGCCGAGUUCUACUUCCAGCCCUGGGCGCAGGAGGCCGUGUGCCGGUACUUCUACUCCAAGGUGCAGCAGCGACGGCAGGAACUGGAGCAGGCCCUGGGCAUCCGGAACACAUAGGGCUGCCCUGCUCCUGCCCACUGGAGCAGGCCCUGGGCAUCAGGAACACAUAGGGCUGCCCUGCUCCUGCCCAGCAGCACGGGCUGUUUGUGGAGACAGAGCUGCAGAGCUCGCUGGUCCAGCUCCCAGGAUCCCACUCCAGCAGCGAGGCCCCUGUUCCUCCUCCUGGCGUUGUCCCUGCUGGGGGCAAGUCCAGGACAGCGGGGCUCUCGUGGGGUGUGACAAGCAGACAGGCUCCACCCAGCACACAUUUCUACCUGGUUCUCUUCCUGACUGUUGCCUUGUCAGCCCCCAAGGCUUCCAGGAGCCUCCCCGUGACUCCGUAGUGUCCCCGGUAGCCAGAGUUGACUUGGAGCCUCCUCCCAGCCCUUCCCUCCCCUGUGGCACCCUGGAAGCCUGGCUCUGCUCUAAGGUGUGGCUGGGCUCUUCCCUGCCACGU